AUGAAAUACAAUCGGCUCGGUCAGUCUGGCCUGAAAAUCUCCAAGGUGGUCCUAGGCGCCAUGUCUCUUGGUUCCUCUGAUCACCUGAAAUGGGCAAUCCCAGAAGACCAGGCAUUGCCAGUCCUCAAGCAUGCCUUUGACCGGGGCAUCAACACCUGGGAUACAUCCGAUGUAUAUUCGUUUGGCGAAUCGGAACGCAUCAUCGGCAAAGCUUUGAAGCACUAUAACAUCGCACGCGAGCGGGUUGUGAUUCUGACAAAGUGCUACGGUGGCAUCCCUGAGCCUGCAGACUUUAUAGGCCUGUCUGAAGAAGAGCAACUCCGCAUGUUAUCCGUCAACGAUGGAAUCAUGGUCAAUCGCAUUGGACUAUCGCGCAAGCAUAUCUUGGACGCAGUGGAUGCCAGUGUGGAGAGAUUGAACACGUACAUAGAUGUCCUGCAGAUACACCGACUUGACCGCAACACGCCCCGCGAGGAGAUCAUGAAAGCACUCAAUGACGUCGUUGAGAGCGGCAAAGUACGUUAUAUCGGAGCAAGUUCGAUGCACGCUUGGGAGUUUCAAGCCCUCAACAACAUUGCGGAUAAGCAUGGAUGGCACAAAUUCAUCAGCAUGCAAGACUACCAUUCGCUUCUGUACCGGGAAGAAGAGCGUGAAAUGCAUGCCUAUUGCCGCGAUGCUGGUGUUGGAAUUAUUCCGUGGUCUCCACUAGCUCGUGGUCUCCUUGCUCGCCCAUACAAGGUGACCAAAGAGCAGCCCACGCUUCGUCAGACGAGCGACGUGUACUCUCAAUUGUUGGUCGGCGAGGUGACCGAGAUGGACGUCAAUAUCAUCAACCGCGUGGAGGAACUGGCAGAGAAAAAGCGCUGUAGCAUGGCGCAGAUUGCCAUUGCAUGGUCCUUGAAGAAAGGGGUCAAUCCGAUUGUCGGCCUGGCAAGUAUCAACAGGGUGGAUGAGGCCGCAGAGGCUGUGGCCCUGGCUUCGAAUGGCUUGAUGACUGAGGAGGAUGUCAAGUAUCUGGAUGAGCUAUACAUUGCGAAAGGAGAGCUCUGGAUGGUAGAGUAG